AUGGGUGGAGCUACCGUCUGGUGCUCAGAACCAGAUGAGUACAGAUCUACUGGAGGAUUUGUCUUCACCAUGGGUGGAGCUACCGUCUCGUGGAAGUUUAAGAAGCAAACCAUGAUUGCACAGUCAUCGAUGGAAUCUGAGUUCUUCACACUCUAUUUAACCACAUGCGCCAACAAACCUAAGAAACACCAAGAACAGAAUCAAGUGCAAUACUUGAUUUUCUUCAUUUUACCAAGUACUCAUGACAGUCAUAUUUUGAACAAGAACAGGAUGAAGUGCAAUACUGAAUAUCAAAAAGAAAAGCUUAUAAUCAUCCUACCAAGACAAUUGUGCCUUCCGAGGCCGGGAGGAGGAGGAGAGUUCGGAAAGUACUACAGUUUGCCUGCUCUCAAUGACCCAAGAGUCGACAAGCUACCGUAUUCUAUUAGGAUUCUUCUUGAGUCAGCCAUCCGGAACUUUGAUAACUUCCAGGUCAUAAAGAAUGAUGUCGAGAAGAUUAUUGACUGGGAGAAUACCUCCCCAAAGCAAGUUGAGAUUCCAUUUAAGCCUACACAUGUUCUUCUGCAGGAUUUUACUGGUGUGCCAUCUGUUGUCGAUCUGGCCUGUAUGCGAGAUGCUAUGAACAAGCUAGGAAGUGAUUCUAAUAAGAUCAAUCCAUUGGUUCCAGUAGAUCUUGUGAUUGACCACUCUGUGCAGGUAGAUGUGGCAAGAUCUGAAAAUGCAGUUCAGGCAAACAUGGAACUUGAGUUCCAGAGGAACAAGGAGCGAUUUGGUUUCCUUAAAUGGGGGUCUACUGCUUUCCACAAUAUGCUUUGCCGUUACUACAUUCUUAUAUGUGUUGUUUGUCUGUAAGUAAAUUGUCAUCCUCUUUCAUGAAAGUUAAUGUACCUCUAUUUCCUCUUGCUAUAAAACAGCAUUUAUCAAUUUUCAUCUACAAAGGCAACUUCAUUUACAUGGCUCAAUUUUAAUGCUUCUUCUAUAUCAAGUGUCUGGAGGUUAUAUCUCUGGAGUGGCCUGCUUGUGUUACGAUUUAUGUCUUGCCAUCAAGUCACCAUCUUUCCAAGAAGUAUGAACCAAAAAGAAAUUACACUUAAAGAAUGAAAUUUCCAAUUUCUUAUUAAUUUUACUAGCGCACA